AUGACCUUCUCGUUCGCGGAUCGGAAGGCCAGGGAGAAGAAGAAGGACGAAGUCGACCUUCUCAUUCUCAGGCUUGGCUGGAAAAUACGAACGACGAAUAGGGCAACCUUCUCGUUCUCGAGUUCCACCGGGAAAUACAAACGUCGUAAACCUUCUGUUCUCGGAUCGGAUCGCCAGCUGCAGGGGGAAACAAAGAGCGACGAGAGAUUGAUGCCUUGCGAGGUUUUACCCUAA